AUGGUGCGAGCCUACCUUAAUUGUCAUUCAAUCUAUUACCUUAACACCAUUCUAGUUUCAUUUUUCAUUUAUGUGACAGACCAUUACCAAAAGCCUAUGUUUAUUGUUUGGUUUAUAUAUGCGCUACUUCCUUUCCUUGAUGCGAUUCUUCCUCUGGACCACAUCAAUCCAACUCCUGAAGAAGAAAAGGAACUCAAAAGGCAGUGGAAGUGAAAAAUCCCUAUUUAUUCCUUUGUGUUUGCUGAGUGGUAUGCUAUGUUUUGGGUAAUGAAUUAUAUCAACAAUCAUAGCCUUUCUUGGUCACAACUCGUAGCUCUUAUUAUAACUCAAGGGCAUGUUAGUGCUAUCGGAUUUUUAAUUGCCCAUGAGCUUUUCCAUAAGCGUGAUAUGCUUGGUAGAGUAGUGGGCACUUUGGAUAUGCUCAAAAGCUUGUAUAUGCAUUUUUACUCAGAGCAUCUGUAUGGGCAUCAUAAAAAUGUCAGUACUCCAAACGAUCCUGCAACAGCAAAGCUCAAUCAAACCCUAUAUGAGUUCAUUCCUUCAACAAUCAAAGGAAGUUUUUUAAACUGCUGGAAAAGGGAAUCGAAAGCCUUAAAAAAACGAGGCAAAUCCCCUUGGAGUAUAGAAAAUAAGCUGAUUAUUUGUGUACUUAUAGAAAUUUUAUUUGUAUGCUUUAUUUUCGCGUGUUUUAGCUUUAAAUCGUUUAUGGUAUUUUUAAUUCAAGCUGCGCUUUCUAUAUUUCUAUUAGAAAGUAUCAAUUAUGCUCGACAUUAUGGCUUGCAAAGAAAGGAAAUCAAGCCUGGGGUGUACGAACCAGUUACUAUCAAGCACUCGUGGAAUGCUCCACAUUUUUUGCAGAAUCUAUUUCUCUUGAAACUCCAACGACACUCAGACCAUCAUGCAAACUCAUAUAAGCCAUAUCAAACUUUAAGCAGCUAUCCUGAGAGUCCAUGUCUUCCUUGUGGCUAUGCAAGCUGCAUUCCUGCUGCUCUAAUACCUCCUGCAUGGUUUGCAAUUGUAAAUCCUAUUGUUGAAGGCACGAAUGAAUAUGGCAAGCCGACUGCUGAGCAAAUGAAGAAGUCAACCGAUUCUUUUAACAUUUUCUUGGUGCUUCAAGCGAGUGUUUUUACUCUCCUACUAAUUUUAAUAUAA